GCCGUCUGGCCGGGGCGGGGCGCACGCCGGCAGCGGGCGCGAUGGCGGCGGACGGGGACUGGCAGGAUUUCUAUGAGUUCCAGGAGCCGGCAGGGAGUGUCCAGGACCAGGAGAACUGUAACGCGAGCCCAGAGGCUGGAGUGGGGGCACACGCGGGUGGCGACAGCUUCCCGGCGCUGGCUUCCAGCCUGGAGGAGAAGCUGAGCCUGUGCUUCCGCCCCACGUCGGAUGCCGAGCCCCCGCGGACGGCCGUGCGGCCCAUCACGGAGUGCAGCCUCCUGCAAGGGGACGAGAUUUGGAAUGCCCUGACAGAUAAUUAUGGGAAUGUUAUGCCUGUAGACUGGAAGUCGUCCCAUACAAGGACCUUGCAUUUGCUUACUCUGAACCUCUCAGAGAAAGGGAUGAGCGAUGGCUUGCUCUUUGACACCUCAGAUGAGGAAGAGCUGAGGGAGCAGUUGGAUAUGCAUUCAAUCAUCGUCUCCUGUGUCAACGAGGAGCCUCUCUUCACGGCAGACCAGGUUAUUGAAGAAAUUGAAGAAAUGAUGCAGGAAUCACCAGAUCCGGAAGACGAUGAGACCCCCACACAGUCAGACCGGCUCUCCAUGCUCUCCCAGGAGAUUCAAACCCUUAAGAGGUCUAGCAUGAGCAGCUAUGAAGAGCGAGUGAAGAGGCUGUCAGUGUCUGAACUAAACGAACUGCUGGAAGAAAUUGAGACAGCCAUUAAGGAGUACUCUGAGGAGCUGGUGCAGCAGUUAGCCCUGAGAGAUGAGCUGGAGUUUGAGAAGGAAGUGGAAAACAGCUUUAUUUCUGCUCUGAUUGAGGUGCAGAACAAGCAGAAAGAACACAGAGAGACAGCCAAGAAGAAGAAGAAGCUCAAAAGUGGCAGCUCUCAGAACGGGAGGCACGAGAGGAGCCACACACCAGGCACGUAUUUGACGACAGUCAUCCCUUACGAGAAAAAGAAUGGCCCACCGUCUGUUGAAGAUCUUCAAAUAUUAACAAAAAUUCUGCAUGCUAUGAAGGAGGACAGUGAGAAAGUUCCAAGCUUGUUAACCGACUAUAUACUGAAAGUUCUGUGUCCGACAUAGAGCAGCAUUCUGGUGGGAGCGGCCUCCCGUCUGUGGACUCCGGGCUUGGUUUCCUACGGUGUUUCUCUGGAACAUGCUGUCACGAGUCCCGGCUUUUGAAGACCCCGCACACUCGAACUUGGAUUUGCAAUUCAGUAUUAACAGAUCAUGACUUCACUAAUCCAAUCACAUUAUAGCACCACGAGAGCUCCAGCACCCUUGAAUUCUAGAGAGAGGUUCUGGUAAAUGUAACCAUUGUAAACUGGUUUCUAAGUUAACAGUCAAGGAGAGGGAUGUGAUCCCUGUUUGCUGUUGUUUCUGACAGUGUGGCUGUCAGUCUUGAAUUCCUCCAUUUGAACUGCACUGAAGAACCGGAUUAAAGCACCGGCUGAUCCCACUGUAGCUGUUCUUCAGUGAGGGUGAGAAUCAGUGUUUUUAGAGCAUCUUCAGAAUAUUACCUACCAGUAUUGUCCAGAAACAUGGAGAUUCCGCCAUUGUGAAGUGAAUGGUCACUACUACAAUAUUGUGGCCGUUGUGAAGCAGAGCGCACUGCUUUCGCCUAAUUGUGGACGCUGGACACUGUUGGAAACUCAUUUUUGUAAUUUCUGCCUGAUUCACCAUUGUUGGUGUGUGAGCCCUUAGGAUGCCAUUCAGAAUCAUCACAAACUUUGGGUGUGUCUGUUCUGUGAAGAAGUGUGUUUAGAAAGGGGUCCAUGCUUCUAAGGUGCUUGAGGAGCUACUGAGGUACUGCCUCAUUUCACGGGGGUGUUCAGUUUUAUUUACACCUGUGUGCUUUUCUAGAAAAAGCUGCUCAUGGCUGCAACACUAAUCAUGAACACGUUUUGCCCGUUUCAAUCAAGUCAGUGGCAUUUAAUAAAAUUAUAUACAUA